CUUUUUAUAAGAAAUUUAUUUAGCCAGAUCAAGUUCGCAUAGUGUGCUCAAAAUAUUUAAAUAUCAAAAAUAAAACAAAGUACGGUAGACAAUAGAAUGGCUGCUUCAUUAAAAGGUGUUUUCCGAAGUACUUUGCAGGAGAAAAUCCAAAAAUCAAAAAUAUUGGUUGUUGGAGCCGGUGGAAUUGGUUGCGAGAUACUGAAGAAUUUGGUGUUAUCCGGAUUCCCAGAUAUCGAGAUUAUUGAUUUGGACACAAUUGAUUUGAGUAACUUAAAUCGCCAAUUCUUAUUCCACCGCGAACAUGUGGGUAAAUCCAAAGCACAGGUGGCCCGUGAAAGUGCUCUGCAGUUUAAUCCAGAUGUGGAAAUACAAGCACAUCACGACAGCAUUAUGUCUACGGAAUACGGAGUGAGCUUCUUCAAAAAGUUCGACGUUGUGCUUAAUGCCCUUGAUAAUCGGGCAGCACGUAAUCAUGUCAACCGAAUGUGCUUGCAUGCGGAAGUUCCACUUAUUGAGAGCGGCACUGCUGGCUAUAAUGGUCAAGUGGAAUUGAUUAAGAAGGGUCUAACACAAUGUUAUGAGUGCACUCCAAAGGCUAAACAGAAGACUUUUCCUGGCUGUACUAUUCGAAACACGCCGUCUGAGCCUAUACAUUGUAUUGUAUGGGCAAAACAUCUUUUUAACCAAUUAUUCGGUGAAAGUGUUGAAGAUGAGGAUAUAUCACCUGAUAUGGCUGAUCCUGAAGCCAAUACAGUCGACGGUAAUGAGUUGAAAGAAAAAGCGGAUAAUAAUUUAGACGGUCCCAAAACAGUGAGUGAAACGGGUAACGUAGUUCGAGUGAAUACUCGUCAGUGGGCUAAGGAAGCUGGCUACGAUGCUGCCACUCUUUUUAACAAGUUUUUCUAUGACGAUAUUAAAUACUUGUUAUCCAUGGCCAACUUAUGGAAGGAACGUAAAGCGCCUACACCUUUGAAAUGGGACAGUGUGUUGGUGAAACAGGAUAAUGAAGGAAACCAAAUAUCAGUAGAUGCUUUAAAAGCUUCUAUGCAGCAAUACUAUAAAGUUUGGUCAUUAGCAGAAUGUGCCACCGUUUUUAGUGAAUGCAUAAAACAACUAUCUGUGAACUUUCUUAAGUUGGGUGAGGGUGAAGCGCUUGUUUGGGACAAAGAUGAUCAGCCUGCUAUGGAUUUUGUAGCAGCUUGUGCGAAUAUAAGAGCCUACAUUUUUGAUAUAGGACGUAAAUCACGUUUCGAAAUCAAGUCUAUGGCUGGUAAUAUUAUUCCCGCUAUUGCUACGACUAACGCGAUAACUGCAGGUGUUGUGGUCUUGCAGACAUUCAAGAUUUUGCAAGGCCAACUCGAUAAAUGUAAAUCUGUGUAUAUGCGCUUGCGUCAAAAUCCCCGGCAGCAGUUGCUAGUGCCGGAAAAAUUCCUUACGGCCCCGAAUCCGAAAUGUAUAGUUUGCUCUUCCGAACCAGCUGUACACAUCCGUAUUGACACAAAACGUAUGCGCAUCAAAGAGUUUCGCGAUGAUGUGCUUAUCAAAACUUUGAAUAUGGUUAAUCCAGAUGUCGUGGAUCCUAAUAAGGGUACUGUGAUUAUUUCUUCCGAAGAAGAUGAAACCGAGUGUAAUGAGGAAAAGCUCAUGUCGGAAAUGGGCAUUGUUGAUGGAGUGGUUCUCAAGUGUGACGAUUUCUUCCAAAAUUAUGAGCUUGACGUCGUCGUCAUACAUUUUGAGGCUGAGCGCGAUGGCGGGUUAUUCGAAGUGGCUACAGAAAGCAAUCAAAUAAAGCCGAAAGAAAGCGAAUCUUUACUGAAGGAAAGUAAUGGCAAUAAAACGUCCGAGUCAACGGCAGUGGAUGACGCCGAAGUUGGUCCAUCUACAUCUAAGAAAAGUCGCCCGGCUGAAAUUGCUGACGAUGACGACGAUUUAUGUUUAAUUGAAGAUGACGAUGAAAUAGACGCCGAGGAUAAAGUGACUAGUGCUACUAACAAAUUGACCGUAACUAGCCCUAUUCAGAAAACUUUACCGCCACAACUUAGUGUUAAACGCAAAGCGAUGAUUGAAGAAGACAUAACUGAAAUUCAAGAUUCCGAUGAUGAGGAACUAGAUGGCCCAUCGAAGUCUAAACGCUUUCGCAGUUCGAUACCACAAGAUACAUCCAAUGAAGUUAUAAAUAUUGAUUGAAUAAUUCUCAAUAAAUUUUAACAUUCGUAACAGCGUAAAA